ACCACGUAAUCCCUCGGACCCCCCUCCCCCUCCUUAAAUCCCCUGUACCCCGCACACCUAGCUAAAACCAACUCUCUCUCGCUCUCCCUCUCUUAUCCCUGUGGAAGCACGUGCCCUCCCAGCCAUUAGUUGCCUCGCUCUGUCUGCUCGUUGUUGUCUCACGGGGCUUGAGUGUGACGGUGUGAUGGUUUGCAGGGCUCCGCCGCAGUAGCAGCAUAAGAAGAGGAAGAAGCAGAGACGGUAGCUGUGUGUAUCAAGCAGCCAGUCCGGAUGCUCUUCCAUCUCCCGUCUAUCGACCGGAGGACGCAGCCAGACCAAGCCGAGCAUCCACUCAUCUAGUCUCGUCUCUCUCGCGCUCUCGCCCCCCAUCGCUACGCUCGCUGAAAUCAUCAGCCCGCGGAGCUCUCUGUUGGAUAAAGGGUUGUGACCAGGGGCUUGGUAGGUGUUGUUGCCGCUGUAGUCCAUCGCUGAGGUUGUCUCGGAGACCGAGUGUGUGUCGCCACGGUGUUGCAUCGUUGCCAUGGGGAAACAGAACAGCAAGCUGCGGCCAGAGAUGCUUCAGGACCUGAGAGAGAACACUGAGUUCUCUGACCAUGAACUACAGGAGUGGUACAAGGGCUUUCUGAAGGACUGUCCCAGCGGCAACCUGAACGUGGAGGAGUUCAAGAAGAUCUACGCCAACUUCUUCCCUUACGGAGACGCCUCCAAGUUCGCCGAGCACGUCUUCCGAACGUUCGACACCAACAACGACGGCACCAUCGACUUCCGGGAGUUCAUAAUUGCGCUGAGUGUCACUUCACGGGGAAAGCUGGAGCAGAAACUUAAGUGGGCCUUCAGCAUGUAUGACCUGGAUGGGAAUGGGUACAUCAGUCGUGAUGAGAUGUUGGAGAUCGUACAGGCCAUUUAUAAGAUGGUGUCAUCUGUGAUGAAGAUGCCGGAGGAUGAGUCCACGCCAGAGAAGAGAACAGACAAGAUCUUCAGACAGAUGGACAUCAAUAAUGAUGGUAAACUGUCACUGGAGGAGUUCAUUAAAGGUGCCAAAAGUGAUCCCUCUAUCGUGCGGCUACUCCAGUGUGACCCCAGCUCCGCCUCCCAGUUCUAACCCCGCCCACCUGGCCUGCCACGCCCACCCCAAUUGCUAUGGAAACAGUAACUCCAAUUAGUUCAUGAUGGUUCUCAUCACUCAUAUAUUUUUGGUGUACAA